CCCCAUCCCAGGCGCCCUCCCCAAUGGGCGUCCGGAAGGCGGGUUCGGGAGGCACGUGACGUCCGACCAUCUUCAUCUUUCCCGGCCUUCGGUGGGGGAGGGGGAAGCGAGGGACCUUAGGCAGUUCGCCCUCUCGGCUCGCUUUCUCGGCUAUCGGCUCUUUUCCCCUGCAGACGCUUCUGGCGGGCCCCCGACGACGAUCUGCACGCACGGUCGGCGCUCGACUCACUCCUGCUGCUGCCGCCGAGGAGGGGCAGGACGCAAGAUGGCGGACAAAACGCCAGGCGGCUCGCAGAAAUCCAGUUCAAAGGCCAGAUCAUCAGAUACUGUACAUUCAUCUGGCUCUUCAGAUGCACAUAUGGAUGCAGCUGGACCUUCAGAUACAGAUAUGCCAAGUCGGACACGACCUAAGAGCCCGAGGAAACACAAUUAUAGGACAGAAAGUACCCGUGAGAGCCUUUGUGAUUCUCCCCAUCAAAAUUUGUCAAGGCCACUUCUGGAAAACAAGCUCAAAGCAUUUAGCAUUGGGAAGAUGAGUGCUGCUAAAAGAACUUUGAGCAAAAAAGAACAAGAAGAAUUGAAGAAGAAGGAGGAUGAGAAGGCUGCGGCUGAGAUUUAUGAAGAAUUCCUUGCUGCUUUUGAAGGCAGUGAUGGUAAUAAAGUGAAAACAUUUGUGAGAGGUGGUGUGGUUAAUGCUGCUAAAGAAGAACACGAAACAGAUGAAAAACGAGGCAAAAUUUAUAAGCCAUCCUCAAGAUUUGCAGAUCAAAAGAAUGCACCAAAUCAGUCUUCCAAUGAAAGGCCACCGUCCCUUCUUGUGAUAGAAACUAAAAAACCUCCACUGAAGAAAGGGGAGAAAGAAAAGAAAAAGAGCAAUUUGGAACUCUUCAAAGAAGAACUAAAACAAAUUCAAGAAGAACGUGAUGAAAGACAUAAAACAAAAGGCAGGCUAAGCCGUUUUGAACCCCCUCAGUCAGAUUCAGAUGGCCAGCGUCGUUCUAUGGACGCACCUUCCCGAAGAAAUAGAUCAUCUGGUGUCCUAGAUGACUAUGCACCUGGCUCACAUGAUGUGGGGGAUCCAAGUACUACAAAUUUAUACCUUGGAAAUAUUAACCCACAGAUGAAUGAAGAAAUGUUAUGCCAAGAAUUUGGGAGAUUUGGACCGUUAGCCAGUGUCAAAAUUAUGUGGCCAAGAACAGAUGAGGAAAGAGCAAGAGAAAGGAAUUGUGGUUUUGUGGCCUUUAUGAAUAGAAGAGAUGCUGAGAGAGCUUUGAAAAAUCUAAAUGGAAAGAUGAUCAUGUCCUUUGAAAUGAAACUAGGGUGGGGUAAAGCCGUACCUAUUCCACCACAUCCAAUAUACAUUCCACCUUCUAUGAUGGAACAUACUCUCCCCCCUCCACCAUCCGGCCUGCCUUUCAAUGCUCAGCCUAGAGAGAGAUUAAAGAAUCCUAAUGCUCCAAUGUUACCUCCACCUAAAAGCAAGGAGGAUUUUGAGAAGACUCUGUCGCAAGCCAUAGUCAAAGUGGUUAUCCCAACAGAAAGGAAUUUGCUCGCACUGAUACAUCGAAUGAUAGAGUUUGUUGUACGUGAAGGACCAAUGUUUGAAGCUAUGAUCAUGAAUAGAGAAAUCAACAAUCCUAUGUUCAGGUUUUUAUUUGAAAACCAGACUCCAGCCCAUGUUUACUAUAGAUGGAAGCUUUAUUCAAUUCUACAGGGGGAUGCUCCAACUAAGUGGAGAACAGAGGAUUUUCGUAUGUUCAAAAAUGGAUCUUUUUGGAGACCACCACCAUUAAAUCCAUACCUGCAUGGGAUGUCAGAAGAGCAAGAAACUGAAGCAUUUGUUGAGGAACCUAGCAAGAAAGGAGCACUUAAAGAAGAGCAGAGAGACAAAUUAGAAGAAAUCUUACGUGGACUAACUCCUCGAAAAAAUGAUAUUGGUGAUGCAAUGGUUUUCUGUCUUAAUAAUGCUGAAGCUGCUGAAGAAAUUGUGGAUUGUAUUACUGAGUCACUGUCCAUCUUGAAAACACCACUACCUAAGAAGAUUGCCAGAUUAUAUUUGGUUUCUGAUGUGUUGUAUAAUUCUUCAGCAAAAGUUGCCAAUGCUUCAUAUUAUAGAAAAUUUUUUGAAACAAAGUUAUGUCAGAUAUUUUCAGACCUCAAUGCCACCUACCGUACAAUUCAAGGCCACUUACAAUCUGAAAACUUCAAGCAAAGAGUAAUGACCUGCUUCAGAGCAUGGGAAGACUGGGCAAUUUAUCCAGAAACAUUUUUGAUCAGAUUACAAAAUAUAUUUUUGGGACUUGUAAAUAUUAUUGAAGAAAAAGAAACAGAGGAAGUACCAGAUGAUCUUGAUGGUGCCCCCAUUGAGGAAGAGCUGGAUGGUGCACCUUUGGAAGAUGUUGAUGGAAUUCCUAUUGAUGCCACUCCCAUUGAUGAUCUUGAUGGAGUCCCCAUAAAGUCACUUGAUGAUGAUCUCGAUGGUGUGCCUUUGGAUACCUCUGAAGAUUCAAAAAAGAAUGAGCCUAUUUUUAAAGUGGCCCCAUCCAAAUGGGAAGCAGUAGAUGAAUCUGAAUUGGAAGCACAGGCGGUAACAACAUCUAAAUGGGAGUUAUUUGACCAGCAUGAAGAAUCAGAAGAAGAAGAGAAUCAAAAUCAAGAAGAAGAAAGUGAAGAUGAGGAAGAUACUCAGAGCUCCAAAUCUGAAGAGCAUCAUUUGUAUUCCAAUCCAAUCAAAGAAGAAAUGACGGAGUCCAAGUCUUCUAUUAAAUAUUCUGAAAUGAGUGAAGAAAAACGAGCUAAGCUUCGAGAAAUAGAGCUCAAGGUGAUGAAGUUUCAGGAUGAAUUGGAAUCUGGGAAAAGACCGAAAAAACCAGGGCAGAGCUUUCAAGAACAAGUGGAACACUACAGAGACAAACUUCUUCAAAGAGAAAAGGAGAAGGAAUUGGAAAGAGAACGUGAGAGAGACAAGAAGGAUAAAGAGAAGCUGGAAUCCCGAUCCAAAGACAAGAAGGAAAAAGAUGAAUGCACGCCUACAAGAAAAGAAAGGAAAAGGCGACAUAGUACAUCACCCAGUCCAUCUCGGAGCAGUAGUGGUAGGCGAGCUAAAUCCCCAUCUCCAAAAUCAGAGCGAUCAGAGCGAUCAGAGCGGUCUCACAAAGAGAGUUCACGUUCCAGAUCAUCUCACAAAGAUUCUCCUAGAGAUGUUAGUAAAAAGGCCAAAAGAUCACCAUCUGGUUCAAGGACACCUAAAAGGUCUAGGCGAUCACGAUCUAGGUCCCCUAAAAAAUCAGGGAAGAAAUCCAGGUCUCAGUCUCGAUCUCCACACAGAUCUCACAAGAAGUCAAAGAAAAGCAAACACUGACAAAAAAAAUCACAUUUUUUACAAUGCUGUCGCUUACUGGAAAUGCGGUUUUGUUUUUGUGCCUGAACAGUCUGUUUAAAAAAAAAAUCAAAUGAAAGAGCAUUCCUGAAUUUUUUUUGUGAAUGCACGUGUAUACUCAUGAGUAACUGCAUCUGUAGACCUGUCAUUGUUUUAUAUUGUACAAAAAUAUCUUCAUUGUGGCUGUUUCUCAAAAUGAAACAUUUUUUUGUGUUUAUGAAUUUCAUCAGAAAUGUGUGUAACUGAUCUGCUGGCAGUAGUGAUAUUUUGUUUUAGGAUGUUGUGACCUAGCAAAAAUAACACACAGAUGUUUUUCCCCCUUUUGUAGCUUUGACAAUUUGAAUUAGAUUUCAAAUAAAAUCUCAACAGAAAAUUAAGAUGUUGUUUUCUUGCCCCAUUGGUGACAGCGAGUUCCAUAAAAGUCUGCUAAGUGAGUUUGCCACCACUCAUAUGCUUCUCCUCUGUGAUGCACUUUACGAUCCCUGGCGUUCUGAGUAGCUAUCCCUUAGUUUUAUUAAAAUAACUGUUAAAAAUUAAGGCAACUGAGAAAGCUCUGUGGUCAUUGCUCCUAAGAGGGUUCUGAAAUAACCUAGAUUUCCUGGACCACUUUGGUGCCCAGAGAGCAAAGAAUCAUAGAAAUGGCAUGCUUUGUUAGGCUAAUAGACUGCCCACAGGCAAAGCCAAAGUUGAUAGGAUUGUCUUUUUUACAGAAAUAGUUUUAACACAACACACAUAUCUAGAAUAAAAAAAAUGUUUUUAAAUAUAUGGAGAGAAUUUAAAUCAUGGGCUUAGUUGGGUUUGAGCUGUUGCCUAAGAAAUUCAGAUUAAGAUAGGAAGAAAUAGCUUGGAGACCAGGUUUUUCUAGGCUUUUUCUCUCUAUGUCAGCCAAAGCCUUUCUGCAUUCUUUUUUUGUGCCCUUUAUUUUAAGGUUGGUAUCAAAAUAUUAUAAUUUUUUUUUUUACUGUUAAAUCACCUCAGUUUGAAAAAACAAGAAUGGUUUUCAGUUCAAGUAAAAUAGGAAAAUAAAUUAGCUUUUCAAAACUCCUAAUCCUGAGUGUUUCAUUCAGAAUGCAAUGAAAAGCUCAUUUAAACAGCUGGUCCCAUUUGGAAGAUAUAAUCUGCUCUGAGCCGGGAGCAAGACUUCCUCAGUCCAGCAGAGCAGAUAUUUGUAUGAUGUUUUUAUAUAAGCAUAAGAGCCUGGGAUCAUUUUAGAUCUGAGGUCUAUAAUUAGUCUAUUUUCCUUUAAUGGUUUUCAUUUGGGUGCUUAAUUGUAUAGUCAUUUGAGGUGUUUUUUUGUAUUUUAGUUUUGUUUUUUGUGUGUGUUUUUUUUUUUUUUUUGUAGGGAAGUAACUACUCUGAUGAUGGAUUGUCUUGAUUGGGAUACUUUUUAAAGAAGCUUUAUUUUAAACCUGUUUUCCACAUUAAAAAAAAAAAAUUCUUGGCAGGCAUAGAAUUUUAAAUGUACUAUACCUGUAAGGGAGUAAAUGUAUUCGUAUCAACUCAGUGUUGGCAGGCCACUUCUAAACUGUGCAAACCAAUAACAGGUGGCAGUGAGCCCAUCAAGAUUAUUUUCCUUAAUGGCUCUUAUCAACCUAUAAAUAUUGCUUGAAUAGGCAUUCCCUUAUCUUUUUGCUUCUGUUCAAGCAUUUUGUUAGGGAAUGUUAAUUGUUAAAAACCCACUCUGAACCAUUAGGAAAUGCUAAAAAUUUGGUGCUGAUUACCAUUUUUUAAAAAAUCAACGUAAGUAAGAUUUUCUAUUCUUACUCCAUACCUGGGAGAACUUAAUUUUGUGAAACAUACCUUUCUGGGCAAAACUUCAGGCACAGAGGAUUCUGAGCAGUGCUGAAUGCCGGUAGUCUGUAGCUUCUGCAUUCUCUUCGGUAGUAGGGACCUGGGUGCAGACUUGCAAAUAACAAUGUGCCAAGCAAAUAGCAAGAAGGAAGUAGGGGGACAGAGUGAGAGAGAGAGAAUGAGAGAGGCAGAGACUGAGAGACUGAAUGAGAGGGGGGGAUAAAUGAGGGUAAAAGUAUUUGUAAAGCUCCUCUUGUGGCGUUAGAAUCAAGUAGUUCUCGGUCCCAAGCAUAAUUAUUUUACCUUAUUUUUAUAGUAGAUAAGACUGGCCUCCUGCCCUUUGUUGAAGACCCUGUUAUUUGAAGGGUUGACAGGCUGGUGACCAAUAGAGGAUUUUAGGAGUCUAGCUAUUUUGGUUUGUUCUAGAGCACUUUUGCAAGGGUUGUUGAAUUUUAAAAGGUACUGGUAAAUUAGUUGCUUUUUAUUAAUGUUCAUAAAAAGUUAGAGCAAGUAAACUUAUUUCUAACCCUCAGACUCUCGAGGAUUUGAUAGCAUGAAAAAUGGGCCCAUCCUGAAGGAGGGAGGCAUAUUUUACUAGAUUUUAGAAAAUCAUAUUAAUAAUCAGAUAGAUGCCCAAAGAAGUAAGUUAUGAGUUACCUACGGAAGUUCCACAAGUAAACUAAAAGGUUCUUAUUUACUACCUUUCAUUAACAGGAAAUAUUCCCAAUUUUCCCAUUCAGGUCCAGUAACCAUGUAUCUUCUACAGCCAUUAGGAAAGAAAAUGCUCUCUUGGCUUCUCCUGUUGCAAGGAGAGUCAAAUUCUCUGUUUCCUAAUGCUUUGAAGGAACUCUUCCCUACUGGGUUUAUGCUACUUUAGCCUCCCAUUGUUGGGUAGCUGGAAAAAAAGUCAAAGUAAAAGACAGUUUGCUGCUUCCCCAAAAGAAACCUGAAGGAAAUAAGCAUGUCAUUUGGGCAACAUUUUUCCUUAUUCUAUAUAUGCUAUUGGUAAACGGCUGGGAUUUUCUGAUAAGAAGUAUGUUUAGGAAUUGAGUCUGACCAAAAUGAUUUUUUUUUAAUUGAUUCAGAAUUUUAAAAAAUUUGUGUAUGUGCUAAGAGUUGCAAAAAUUGCACUGACCUAGUUUUAUUUUGUAUGGACCAUGCCUAUGGGAUUAAAUUGAGACUUGCUCCAAUUAAAGAGCCUAGUGGGAGAAAUAUUUGCUUACAUACUUUUAUGUAACAGCUGUUUUUUCUUUAACUUAAAUUCUUUACUGUUGAGAAUAAUUUUUAAAAAUCCUAUUAGUAAUUAGACUUAAAUUCCUCAAAAAGUCUUGACUUUUAUCUUUAUAAAAAUUCAUGGUUCAGAGAAAUGGAUUUUAAAAAGAGCCAAAAGGAUAUUUUUGCCACUGUGAAAAAAAUAAGUAGAUUAUUUAUAUUGCCAAAACUUAAUAUUGCCAAAAUGCUUCAUCCUGGUCAUCAGAAUCAUAUGGUUUCCUCUGCUAAAAUGGGUUGCUACAGUACUACUAUUCUAAGAUAUUCCAGUUAAGAAAUAUGUAAAAACACUGAAGAACUCAGGCCGGUCAGUUUUAUGCAUUUGAAACACCUUUAGAUACUAAACAGAGUUUUAAGUGAAUAAGACAACUACAAUGAAUUUAAUGCGAACAUUUCCCAAUAGCCUGUGCUUUUAGAAAGCAUAUACAUAUAUAUGUAUAUAUGUAUACCCUUUUGAGUUUAAAGGAAUUCACUUUGUAAAAAUUCCCUUUCAUGGUAAAGGAUUUGUCUAAUAUUCAUUCUUAACAUGUAAGAUUUAGAAGAACUUAUUUGGGGAUUAGUUCAUUAUAAUAAUAACUUAAGUGUUAGGUUCCCUCCCCACCCCCCACUGUCUUCCAAGAAUGAUUUUAAUACUUAAAUGUAAAGUCCCAGUGGGAGUGUUCUGAAGGUAACCUAAGAAUCUUCCAAAUGAGCCACAUCCCAAUCUGAAAAUUGAUCACCUCAGUGUUUGACUCAAUACAGCUGUGAACCUUAUGGAAUUUUAAGCAUCAAUGCAUUGUAUGUAUAAUUGGUUAUAUAGUUUUUUAGGUGAAUAGGUAAAAUUUGGCCUAAGCUCAUUUUCAUAUGCCUGUUUGUGCUUGGAGUAUUGAAAUAUUUUAUUUUAAUUCUGCAAUCUCUUGUGUGUCAAGCCUCAGGUGGUGGCUUUGAAACACCAGGGAAAAGAGGGAGUUUUUUAGAACUGAGGAUAAUGUAGUUGGAACCAGCUGAGCUGAAAUAUUCUCCUUAAUUCUCUGUGCUCCCUUUCUCCCCACCUCCCAAGAUGAUGUUUCCUUCAACUGAACUUCUUCCAUAAUAGAAUCUCUUAAUACAAGGAUUAAGGUUCCAAGUUUAUUAAAGGAGAUGUUCUCCAUAUCAGAAUGUCACUUUAUAGUUUUUCUACUUAAGGAUUAUACGAUUGAAACAAAAUUGUGAAACUUCCCUUUUGUUGUUUGUUGGGCAUAAUUACUUUAAUAAAAGUACAUUUUUUCAUAUCAAA